UGUCUUUGCAUCGCAUAACUGGAAGCGGGCCGGCAAAGACAAGAUGUUAUGACUCGAUGCAUCCAAUGACCAAAGUUCUUGCUUUGUAUAUCCAUGGUUUAUAGCCCGACAAACCUGGGAAGAACUUAGAACCAGCAGAUGUCUUACCAAGUUGCCACUUCCGACUGGGUACGAGGCUUGUAAAGGUCCAAUAUUUGUCUUACUCUUAUCUCCGAUCAGUCAAAAUUCUUAUCCAUCUCCCAGCCAUAUGCUUUAUGUUCCCCGGCCUAUACUUAUAUAGUUUGUCCUUGUUCUUCUAGCACAUCCAUAGCUGCAUAGGUUGAUCCCCUCUUCAAUCCACUCACAGUGACCUCCAACCCUAUCCCUCUGCAUAAACGUCUAAUAUGACUCUUCCAUCUUAUUUGAAGUGGUCUGCGACAGCAGUUGCACUCGUGGCACAGCUGUGCACUGCGCAAACCUAUACUACCUGUAACCCUCUAGAGAAGACCUGUUCCGCAGAUGCUGGCCUGGCAAACUCUACCUUAUAUACUGACUUCACCUCGGGUCUGUCAGCGUUCAAGUACUGGAACACUACGGCGGGCACAGUGAGCAGCACGUCACUGGGUGCUGAGUUUUCUAUCAAGGAGCAGGGCGAUGCUCCCACCAUACAGAGCGAUUUCUACAUCUUCUUCGGCUAUGUAGAAAUGAAGAUGAGGGCCGCCAAUGGCACCGGCAUUGUCAGCACACUAGUGGUAGAAUCUGACGACCUGGACGAGAUUGAUUGGGAACAAGUUAGUACCUUUGAUAGCCAAAUUCAAACCAACUACUUCGGCAAGGGCAAUACCACUUCGUACGAUCGCGCUACCACAGUGACAGUCUCUACGCCUGAAGAGACGUUCCACACCUACGCGAUCAAUUGGACCUCAAGCAAAAUCGAAUGGCUCGUCGAUGGAAGCGUUGUCCGAACCCUUAAAUACGCCGAUGCUCUCGACGGCGAAAACUUCCCCCAGACCCCUUCCCGGAUCAAGAUCGGUAUCUGGGCUGGCGGUGACCCCGACAACGAGGAGGGUACCAUUGAAUGGGCCGGUGGGGAGACUGACUACGAUGACAGUCCCUUUACCAUGUAUGUGGAGUCUAUCAAAGUUAUCAACUACAACCCUGCCAAGUCCUAUACCUACACCGACAAGACUGGCUCCUACACCAGCAUCAAGGCAUCGAACGUGUCGACUGCUUCGAACUCGACAACAUCUACGACCUCUCUGUUCCAUACGAACACCAUGUCGUCAAGCAAUAGCUCGUCCUCGUCCUCUGGUGCAAGUGCCGCCGCAUCUAGCACUGCAUUCAGUGGUGCUUCCACGUUCUCAAUAUCUUACAUCGGCUCUGUAUUCGUGGUUGCGCUUGCAACUAUGGCUACUGGCAUGCUCCGUAUUUAAGCGAUGUAUAAUAGGAGGGGCCUUUUGUGUCCCUAUCUAAUCAUUAUGAAGCCAACUCCUUUACUCUCCUUUUCA